UUAGAGAUGUCCAACCUGUGUGGACUAUGGCUGCUGGCACUUUCGUUGUUUGUGGAAGUCAUUUCCUACUCUAUACAAUUUGGCAUUAUGCACUCCCUAGCCGUUCCUGUUUAUGAAAUUGAAGUGUACUCCAGUGAAUCGCAUGAUUAUAUAGAUGUGAAGUACAAGCAAAAGGCUAGCUUGUAUUUCAAUAUAAACGUAAUUUUUGUAAUCGAUGAAAAUGAAAUGGAAUGGAAAGGCCAGGCAUCAAUUCUCACUGGCGGAAUUGGUUACAACUUCACCACCGUACGAUUAACGUAUGUGCAGCCAGAAGUGUCAAAAGUCACAGUGCUUAUCUACGGGCUUCCCAGGUAG